CCUCUCUGUAAGGGCUCAGUACCAUCUGCACUGUCAGGACAUUGUAGGACAUGGCAGGACAAACACCUUUGGGUGUAUUUCUUCUACACAUUGCAUUCCUUCUCUGUGGAAUUUCCCUUUGCUUGCCCACCGCUAAAGUACCGGACUAUGAAGUCGACGGUGGACGGGACCUCGACAUUUUUGACAUCAAUGAAGAGGCCGGGUUGGAUCUGGUGGAGGGGGACAUCGUGCUCGAUGAGCGGCAGACUCGUAACUCCAUAAUAGGGGAUGAGUACAGGUGGCCAAAGAUGAUCCCUUACUACAUGGAAGAAGACUUAGGUAAGAGUGCAGAGAUCAAUGCAAAAGGUGUGAUUCUGAAGGCCUUUGAGCAGUACCGGCUCAAGACCUGCAUCGACUUCAAGCCUUGGAGCGGAGAAGCAAACUACAUUUCCAUCUUUAAAGGGAGCGGCUGUUUCUCCUCCGUGGGGAACCGGCACGUUGGGAAGCAGCCAUUGUCAAUAGGGAGCAACUGUGACCGCAUUGCCACCAUCGAACACGAGUUCCUUCAUGCUCUGGGUUUCUGGCACGAACAGUCCAGGGCAGACCGGGACGAUUAUGUUAAAAUCAUGUGGGACAGAAUCUCCGACGGUAAACAACACAACUUUAACACUUACAACGACAACACCUCCAGCUCUUUGGGCGUGCCCUAUGACUACGGAUCCAUGAUGCACUACAGUAAAGAUGCCUUCCGCAACGGCACUGAGGCCACCAUAGUCACCAAAAUCCCUGCUUUUAGUGAGGUCAUUGGCCAGCGUAUGGAGUUCAGUGACAGUGACCUGCUCAAGCUGCACCGCCUCUAUAACUGCACCCAGGGCUCCACCUUCCUGGACUCCUGUGACUUUGAACUCGAGAACAUCUGCGGCAUGGUCCAGGGACAAGAGGACAUGGCAGACUGGCUCAGGGUUACCAAAGCUGACGGGGGGCCCAGCACUGACUACUCCAACAUGGGCAAAUGCACAGGCUCCGGGUAUUUCAUGCAUUUCGACGCCGGCACAGCCAACGUUGGGGACAUCGCUGUGCUGGAGAGCAGGAUCCUUUACCCCAAAAGAGGGUACCAGUGUCUGCAGUUCUUCUACUACAACAGCGCCGGACCCAGCGCCUCACUGAAGAUCCACGUUAGAGAAUAUGACAACGCUAACCCCAAUGGAAAAGUGCGCUUCAUAAAGACCAUAGAUGGAGUCGAUGCGGCGCAGUGGCAACUGCACCACGUGAGUCUCGACGUAAAAACGAAAUUCCGUGUAGUUUUUCAGGGGACCAAAGAGGCUGCUGGGCCCCUCACAGGCGGACUGUCACUGGAUGACAUCAACCUUUCCGAGAACACCUGUCCGGAGUUCAUAUGGCGGGUGAAAAACUUCAGUCAGGUUAUGGAAAACACAGCAGCAAACACGUCAAUCUUCAGCCCCCCGUUCACCUCGAAGGAGGGUUACACCUUCCAAAUGGAGCUGUACCCCAGCGGGAAGGCAGGGUACCCCGGUGAGCUGUCGGCGUAUGCUCAUCUGGUGGCUCGGGAAGGCGACGCGGGGCAACAAUGGCCUUGCCCCUGGAAGCAAAUGACCAUGAUGCUGAUGGACCAACACCCACACAUUCAAAAGCGCAUGUCCAACCAGCGCAGCGUCACCACUGACCCCAACAUGAAGGCAACAGACUCGGACAGUUAUUUCUGGGACGACCCUCGCCUGGUGGGUGUUGAGGUCACACAUACGGAUGGGUCCAAGUAUUUCCGCGGGCCGGGCGCCGGCACUGCGGUGUAUCUCACCCACCUCCGAGCCAAGAGCAGGGAUUUUAUUAAGGGAGGAGACGCCAUCUUCCUCCUCACCAUGGAGGAUGUGUCUCACCUGACAGUGGUCCAGCCUUUACCUUCUACAACCCAGCAACCGGUCACCACUGUACCCUCUGAGGCCUGCCUCCAUGUGCAAUGUCUCAAUGAUGGAGUCUGCGUGGUGGAUGAGGGGAAGGCUGCUUGCAGGUGUGUGGUGGGUGAUGACUGGUGGUACUACGGGAACAGCUGUCAGCACAAGGGCUCCAUCAUGGAUAAAACCACCCUCGCACUUGCCUCUUCUCUGUCCGUACUUGGAGUAAUGCUGGUGAUUACAGUAGUCAGUGUUAUCUGUAUGAAGAAGAAAUAUAAGAAACGCAGUGCGGUGAGCAGUGUGGUCAUGGAAAACAUGAGCGCCACUCAAUAACCGUAGUGAGCAACCCUAAAGCAAAAAACUGAAGAAAACAAAUGAAAAAAUAAAACAACUUGUAGAAAAAG